UGUUGGCAGUUUUUUGUGGUUGAGUAAGUAAAGUAAACACAUGUCGAGGAUUCAUCAGUUCUCUCAGAGACGGAGAGACGGAGAGACGGACAGACUCGGCUGGAUCUGGCAGGUUCUGACAGUUCUGACAGUUCUGACGGUUCUGCUCGCUGGACAUUUCUGGAUCAUGUUGGAACUGAAACCAGCGGUUCUGCUGCUGCUGCUGCUGCACGGCUGCCUCGCUCAACAUGUGUUCUGGAGCAGCCAGAGGGCCUCCCAGGUUUUGGUCCGGAGCCGUCGGGCCAAUCUUGGGUAUUUCGAGGAGCUGAAACCAGGGAGAGAGUGUGUGGAGGAAAUCUGCGACUACGAAGAAGCCAGAGAAGUGUUCGAACAGCCGGAUACAACGGAGUCAUUCUGGUGCAGGUAUCUGGAAUGUGGAGGAGCUUGGACGACUCUGAGAACCAGAGGCAGAAUCAACGUCAUCCGAAAGUGUAUCACCCCAGGUUCUGGGCAUCGGGACUGCCUCACAAAGACGGUAACACGCUGCAACAUGCUGCGAUCAACAAGGAAAAUGGACACAAGGAAGUUAUUAUGAUGAUACUAACAAGUGGCUCCCCGUAUAUUUUAGGAUCCAAUUUAAAAUGUAUUUACUUGUAUUUAAAUCCUUAAAUGGUCUUGCCCCAUCAUACUUGUCCGACUUGCUUCACCCCUACAAUCCGACCCGCUCACUCAGAUCAGCUGAUCAACUGCGCCUGAGUGUUCCUAAAACAAAGCGGAAACUUAAAGGGGAUCGUGCAUUUGCUGUGGCACCUCCUAAAACAUGGAAUGAGCUACCUCUGCCUAUUAGACAGGCUUCUUCUUUGUCUACUUUUAAAUCUCUUCUUAAAACCCACCUUUUUUCAUUGGCCUUUCACAGCAGAGGGUGACAUUGAUGUGCAAUUAUUUUGACUGUGAUACUGUUUUAUGUUUUAAAUGUAGAUGUUGUAAAUGUUUUUAAUUAUUUUACAUUUUUUCUGUACAGCACCUUGUGCAACGUUGGCUG